CUCCGUCUCUCUCCUCUCUCUCUCUCAAAGAGGCCUAACCGUCUUCUUUCGAAGCAUAAAUUAUCAGAUUACUCCUCGAGCACGAAACCGGACCUUCUUCGGCGGCUCCGAUUGGUGAAAUCCGGGGCUUCUGUUCCGAUCGCCAAGUGAAAUUUCAAGUGUUUCCAUCAAAUUUUGGGUUCCAGAUAUAAUUAUCUUCUCCUAAUGGUUUUGUCUCAGAAGCUCCACGAAGCGUUCAAAGGGACGGUGGAGAGGAUCACGAACCCUAGAACCGUCUCUGCAUUCAAAGAGAAAGGCGUCCUCAGCGUCACCGAGUUCGUCCUCGCCGGGGACAACCUCGUCUCCAAAUGCCCUACCUGGUCCUGGGAAUCUGGUGAACCAAGCAAGAGGAAGUCAUACCUGCCCCCUGGAAAACAAUUUUUGAUCACCAGAAAUGUUCCUUGCUUGCGCAGAGCUGUAUCAGUGGAAGAAGAAUAUGAAGCUGCUGGAGGUGAAGUUCUUCUUGAUAAUGAGGAUAAUGAUGGUUGGCUAGCAACUCACGGGAAACCAAAAGGAAGCAAAUGUAAUGAGGAAGAAAAUAUACCUUCCAUGGAAACUUCAGAGAACAGCAAGAAAAAUACCAUACAGUCAAUCUCUUCAUAUUUUGGAGGGGAGGAGGAGGAAGACAUACCGGACAUGGCCGAAUAUGAAGACCCUGACAAUCUUAUUGAAACAGAUCCUGCAACUCUUCAGUCAGAAUAUCUUGUGGCUCAUGAACCAGAUGAUGAUAAUAUUCUUCGGACACGAACAUAUGAUGUUAGCAUAACGUAUGACAAAUAUUAUCAAACUCCUCGUGUCUGGCUUACUGGAUAUGAUGAGUCUAGGAUGCUUUUGCAACCAGAGCUUGUACUUGAGGAUGUUAGCCAAGACCAUGCGCGGAAAACGGUAACUAUUGAAGACCAUCCCCACUUGCCCGGUAAACAUGCAUCUGUUCAUCCAUGCCGACAUGGUGCUGUGAUGAAGAAAAUUAUUGAUGUUCUGAUGUCACGUGGAGUUGAGCCAGAAGUUGACAAGUACCUUUUCCUAUUCUUGAAAUUUGUGGCUUCUGUGAUUCCUACUAUUGAAUAUGAUUACACCAUGGACUUUGAUCUUGGCAGCUCCAGCACAUAGUUAAAGAUGGAAGCUGCAAACCUGACGUAAAGAUAACAAGUUCGGUUGAUGCUGUGCCGGUGUGCUGAAACUCCCCACCCUGCCGCAACCAUUAAUCCUGUACAUAUCAUCAUCAUCUAAAUAAAGCCUGUUUGAAACCUCACUUUUAAUGAUCCAUUUAAACUUCUGGUUUAGUUGUAUGAAACUGCUCGGUGGAUAAAUUAACUUGGUUCAAGCGUUUGUUUUAGUUGUGAAAUUGUUAACAUGCC